AUGAGUACAAGAAUUCGAUUUAAAAUGAGAGCAGGUGGAGUUAAUUUAACAGUAGCACAAUCACAAUUCAAAGUAGAAGAAUUUAAUGGAAUUAUUUUAACAACAGAAAAAGAAAUAAAAAUAAGUAUUGGGAAAUUGAAAGUAAUAGAUAUUGAAAAAAAAGAACAAAUACUUGAAAGUGAAGAAACGAAAGAAAGCAUUAAUAUAAAAUAUAAAUACGGAAAGAACAGUAUGUGUAGAAUAGAAUAUAAUUCACCGAAAUUAUUAUUAGUACCUGACGUUAUAAAUAGAAUAUGGGAGUCAUUAAAAGAAGUGAUAAGAUAUGGAAUAAAUAUAUUUCAAGAAAAAGAAAAGAAAGAUAUACAAAUAACACAAAAAGAACGAUUGAGUGAUUUAAAACCACCAAAAAAUAGAAAUAAUGUAAUGAAUCAAAUAACAAAAGAAAAAGAAAUUAAUAAAGAAAAAGUAAUAAAUGAAAGAUAUAGACUAAAUAUAGUAUUUGACUUAAAUGAAAGUCAAUUAAUAUUUAAAAAUAAUGAAGGGAAUUCAUUAUUAAUUUAUGCAACAUUAAAAGGAAAUACAGUAAUAGAGAAUGGAAGGAUGACAUCACUGAAUAUACUAAGUAAUAAUUUAAGUUUAAUAAGUAAAACGUUAAUGAGAAAUGAAAAGAUUCAAAUCGUAAAUAUUAAUUCUUUUAAUAUAACAACAAAAAUAGGAAUUGUCCCAAAUAUUAAUUUGUUUAUAGAUUCAAUAAAUACAGAAUUUUCAAAUAGAGAUCUUGAUAUUACAAUUAAACUUAUUAAAGAGUUUAAAGAAAAUAUUGAAAGUAUUUCAAUAUUAUUUAAUCAACCAAUUGAGAUAAAUAAAAAAGAAAUAAGUAAAGAAGGAUUUGAAUUCCAGAUUCAUCACAUUAUAGAAGAAGACAUUAAAUCUAAAAGUAUUUUAUUUCCUAAAAUAGUAUUUAAUAUUAUUAUAAAAAAUGUUGAAAUGAUAUUAUCUAGUGAAUUUAUUUCACAACAGGGACAAACAGUUAAAAGUUGUAAAUCAUUAAUAUUAAGUACUGAGUCAUUUUUAAUGGAUUUUAAUGAAAAACAAAUGGAAAUGACUAUUAAUAAAAUACAAAUUCAAUACACAAAUAUUUCAAAUAAAAAAUGGAUUAUUGAGCCUUUGGUUGAACCAUUUGAUAUUAAAGGAAAAUGUAUUCUUCCAAAAUUUCAAAUUGAAAUUAGUCCAAAAAAGUUUUUAAUAAUAAAUAUUACACCAGAGUUUAUAAUUUCAAUGAACAAUUUAUUUGAAAAUUGGGCAAAAUCAAUUAAUGAAGAGUAUUAUAAAAAUAAAGGGAAUUGUAAAAUAAUUAAUAGAGUUGGAGGAAAAUUAACAAUUCAAAUGAAAACAAAAACAAUUACUAUUGAAAAAGAUUCAACAUUUGAAAUGUCAUUAUUUUCAGAAAGAAAUAUUCAAAUAAUUAUUCAUGAUUUUGAUCCAAUUACUAUAUCUACUUUGACUAAUGAAAAACAAUAUAAAACUAUUUAUGAAGUUAAAAAAAAUGAAAAAACAAUUGGAUGUAUUUUAGUUAAAAUACAUUUUUAUCAAAGGAUUCAAAUUAUUAUUAUUUCAUCUAUCGUAAUAUUUAAAAAUAAAACUUCUAUUCCUUUGCAAUUAAUUUGGAAUAAUUUUGAAACUAAUUGUUUUGAAAAUCAAACCUCUUCUUUUCUUCCAAUGAUUGGUAUAAAUAGUUUGAAACUUGUUAUUAAAUCUGCUAAAAAUCAUUCAAAAUAUAACACACUCUUUAUUAUUCAUUCUUUGUAUAGUAAACUUUUUAAAAAUGAAUGUACUAUUAUUAGACAUAUUGAUAUUGAUGAUUAUAUUGAUGUUUAUUUUCAUUUUCGUAAUUCUAUUCGAUUGGGCUCUACUUGUAUUACUCCUUUAACUAUUGUUUUUAAUUCUCCUCUUACAUUUGUUAAUAACCUUCCUUUAAAAUUAUUAAUUACUUGUGUUAAAAAUGAAAAUUCAUUUUCAAAUGAUUCAUCUACUCCCUUAUCUCAUUCUUCUUUAUUUCAAAAUUCAAAAUUUAAUAGCUUAAAAGAAUUAAAUAAUAAGGUACUACCCCUUAAUAAUCCUUUUGUUUGUUCAACUUCUCCUUCUAAAAUAAUACAACAAAGUUCUAUUAAUCAAAAAGAUAUAUUAUCACCUUCUUCUUCUUUACCUUCUCAAAAUAAAAAUUUUAAUCUAAUUCAAUCCACUCAACAACCAAAUCCAGUUAUUUCUACAAAUAAUACUUCUUGGAUUAGUUCUAAAGAAAAAAUACAAGUUGUUGUUGAACCAUUUAGUAAAGGAAGUGUUACUUUUGCAUCACUAAAUGAAACAAUUCAUUAUUUUAUUACUGUUUUAUCAGUAGCUGAUGGUUAUGUAUUUAAUUCAAAUAUAAUGAAAUCAUCAAAAAUAACAUACUCAAUUAAUCAAAAAGAACUUCCAUUAUUAAUAAUUGGAUCAUAUUAUUUUAGACAAAGAAUUCAAGAAAAUAAUAUUAUAUUUGAAUGUCCUUAUUAUAUUAAAAAUGAUAGUCAAAUUACUCUUUCAAUUAAAAAUUAUGGAGAAGUACAUUCAAUACAUUCAUAUUAUUUAUAUGCACCAGUUCCUAAUAAAAAUGAAAAAAAUAUAUUUCUUAUGGAUAGUAUUAUAUUUCUUGAACCAAAUAAUAAAGUAUCUAAUGAUUUCAUUGACUUACAACUAGGUGAAGUUAAAACAAUUCAUAUUAAUAAUCAUAAUUUGUAUACUAGAGUUCUUCCUCAUAAAAUUAAUAAUCAAAUUACUUCGUCAUUAAGAAUUAUUAUUAAACCUCAUUUUAUAUUUCAAAAUUUAACAAAUGAAGUAUUUAAUGUUAAAAAUAAUUGUUUAAAUAUUAAACUAUUUCCUAGUGAUAAAAUUCCAAUUCAUUUUACCAAAAUUAAUAUUGAAAUUGUUGAAAAUUAUGGAAUAGUUUUAAACCUUACUCAAAUAGAUGAAUACCAAAUAUUAUUAAAAACAAAUAAUACUUAUAAAAUUUUUAAUAUUAAAACUCAAAAUCAUAAAGGUUCAUUUUAUACGUUUAUUAGUGGUUGUGAACAACCUUUUUUAAGACUAGAUAAUAGAACUAAUGAAUCUUUUCAGGUAAAACAAUUUGGAACUAAAUUAAUUGUUAGAUUAAUUCCACAACAUUCUGUUCCAUUUGCUUGGACUGAUCCAGAUGGAUGUAGAUCACUUAUUAUUAAUGAAGAUACUAUAGACCCAUUAAAUGUUGAUACAGAAUUUGUUGUAAAUAAAAGAAGAGUACUUAUUGAUAUUGAAGAUAAUACUACUGUCAUUACUGUUGGUGCAUCAAAACGUAAAAAAGAACAAGUCAAAUGGAGUGUUGGAGUAAGUUUGCCUUCAUUUGGAAUUUCGUUAUUUAGAAAAAAUGCAAAAGAAGAAUUAUCAUUAAAUAUUAAAUCAAUUUUAUUAGAAAUUAUUAGAACAGAUAGACACCUUGGUUUAGAAAUGCAAUUUGAUUAUAUUCAACUAGACUUUCAGUCAUUAGACAUAUUAAAAAAUCCAGUUAUUAUUUCUCCAAGACCACUUGAUUGGAUUUAUGAUCCAAAUAAAUCAUUUUUUCAUAUCGGAUUAUUAUUAAUUACUCCAACAAAAGGUAAUUUAUUUCAAUUAAGAUAUAUUUCUAAAGCAACUGUAACAAUUCAACCAUUAGAAGUAUUAAUCGAACCAGAUAUUUUACAACAUAUUUACGAAACAAUAAAAGAAUAUCCAACACUAUUUAUGAUUAAAAAUAAUACAAAUACACCAACCACUAAAAAUGAACGUAGAAUGAUUAUUAAAGACUUUGAAUUAAAUUCAAUUGAUGUUAAUAUUAGUAUUAAUAAAGCUACUACAAAACCUCCAAAAUAUUCAAAAUUAGUAAAAUUAGUUUAUCAAAUAGCCGAAAUGGAUAUUGAUAGAAUUCCUGUUAGAAUUAAUAAAUUAAUUAUCCUUAAUAAGCAAUUUUCUACUAAUACAUUUAUUAACCAAAUUAAAGAUCAGUUAAUGGAUGGUUUAGGUAAUUUAAAAUGGAUUGUUGUUGGUAAAUUAUUUGGACUUAGAGCAAUUAUUGGGAAUUCUUCUGAUAGUACUAAUCAAGAACAAACAGUUUUUAGAAUUACUUCUAUGGAUGGAAUAGAUGAAAUUACUAAAAACGAAUGUGAUUUAUUCUUUAACAGAACUUACUUAACUGACUCUAUCGACUCAAAAAAUUUUUGUGUAACAUCAUCAAAAACUCAAGACAACACUUCUAUAAAAGAUGUUCCUAGAAGUUUAGUAAAAGCACAGCAAUCCACUUUUGAAUAUUCUUUAAAAGAUGGUACAAAAAAUCUUGUAAGUUCUGUUGCUCGUGGUGUUAAAGGUGUUUGGAAAACUUCUGUUGGACUGACUGAUCUUGCUGGAACACAAAAGAAACAAUUGGCACCAGCAGGGUUUAUUGGUGGUGCAUUAGUUGGUACUGCAGGAAUAGUUGUAAAACCAUUAGAUGGAAUUGUAGGAUUUUUUAAAAGUGUUAAUGACGGAUUAACAGGAAUAUCAUUUGGACAAAUUGCGAAAGAGCGAAUUAGACCACCAAGGUAUUGUCCAGAACAAAUAAUUUGUUUUGAUUACCUUCAAUCACAAGGAUGGUCUAUGUUAAUGGAAGCAGACGGUGGUGCUUUUAAAGAAUUAAAGUUUUAUGAUUGGAUUAAACAAUUUGCUGAUAAUAAAAUUAAAGGAAUUAUUUUUACAUUAGAAUCGAUGAUUGGUGUAGAAAAAGAAUUUGGAGAAUUAACUAAAUCCAAAUGGAAAAUACCAUAUCAAUUAAUAGAUUCAUUUGGAUUUGAUGGGAAUAAUAUUGUCGUUGCAUUAAAAGUAAGUAGUAAAUCAAAAAUGUUUCAAAGGAGUAUUGAUAGAUUUAUAAUUAAAGACUGGAGUAUUGAUUAUUUAGUGAGAAUUAAUGAAAUUAUUAAUUCAAUUAAACAAAGAAUUAAUUAA